UAAAUUGGGUCAAUUGACGUGUCUAGUUGACUUGAUGUCUUCAUGGUGAACUCAUUUCUAUCUAACGAAGGUGGUUGGAUUAUUGCUGGAGUUGCAUGCCUUUUUGUAUUUUUUAUUGUGUUGUUUUCGAAAAGAUGUCGAGAAGGUCCACCCAGAGAUGUGCAUAUCUCAAAUUCCAACAACAUAUCGAUACCUAAACGUAGCUAUCAAAAGUUUCUAGUUGAUUUGGAUAAGAUGGCACCUGAAGUUAUUUACAAACAAGAAGAGAAGUGUAUUCAUAUGGAGAGAAUAGCUGGAAGCGAAACUAUGUCCAAAGAGAGGCAAGAGUCGAUUGACUUGACUUUCAAUACUUUCCAUUCCUCUCAUUCAUAUCAUAUUGUUACAUUUGAUUCAAAAAUAGAUACUCUUCCAUAUCAUUCCUAUCCAUCCAAUGAUACGGCGCUAAUGAAUAUUAUCAAUAAGCAACCUGAUUGUUCCAUUUGUUUGGAAACAUUUUGUAUUGGUGAAAGACUAAGAGUUCUUCCUUGUAUGCAUUGUUUUCAUAGUUGUUGUAGUAUUCUAUGGUUGAUGAGAUGCAGUCUGUGUCCUCUUUGCAAGUCGGAUGUAUGGAAAUCUGUCAAUACCACAAGUUUGUGACAAGUACAUUUAUAUUUUAAAUAAAUACGGUUUUCUCAAU